UAUACGUGAUGAACACGCAGCAAGUAUAAUGCUCCCAUGACUGAGGCUGCGAAGCAGUGCAUCCAUUUUUCUGGAAUAGCAGCACACACAAUCAUAAGGAGACCUCGAAGUUACUGCAAGUCUCCUGGAAUUUUUAAUACUGAUAUGAAACAUGGAUGUCUAAUAAUGAGUAUGUACAAAGAGAGUUUAUGUUGUGGAUAUGAAACCCCACUUCAGCAUUUAAGACUAUGAUGAUUUAGGUCAGGUCCACUGGCUACAGAAGAGGAGUAUAGAUACAGAUCUGGCGUAAGAACAGAGUGAACAGCUGCACCUUCACCAAAGCAACCACCUGCGUUCCUUUUCUCCUCUGGAAUGGACAAUGGGAUGGUCUCUGACUUUAUCAUGAUCAAAAACUUCUUCCUCUUCUGCGUUUCCAUGAGUUUAGCCAGCCACUUUGGCUUCUCACAAACGCCAACACCGUCAGGAAAAGAGGACACCAAUGAUAACAUCACUAUAUUCACCAGGAUCUUGGAUGGUCUGCUGGACGGCUACGACAACCGACUGCGCCCAGGACUGGGAGAGAGAAUAACUCAGGUGAAAACAGAUAUCUAUGUUACCAGUUUUGGUCCUGUGUCAGACACAGAAAUGGUAAGUUAUCAUGUGGCUGCCAACUCUGUUGUAUUUACUUUGCUAAAGUCAUUUUUGGAACUAUUGCUUCUAUUCAGAUCCUGCAAUACCUUGACUGUUUCUUUGUUCCAGGAAUACACCAUUGAUGUUUUUUUCCGACAAAGCUGGAAAGAUGAAAGGCUGCGAUUCAAAGGACCUAUGCAACGCCUCCCUCUUAACAACCUGCUUGCCAGCAAGAUUUGGACCCCAGACACUUUCUUCCACAAUGGCAAGAAGUCUAUUGCUCACAACAUGACAACCCCAAACAAACUUCUGCGGCUGGAGGAUGAUGGCACUCUGCUGUAUACCAUGAGAUUGACCAUUUCUGCUGAAUGUCCCAUGCAGCUUGAAGAUUUCCCCAUGGAUGCACAUGCUUGCCCACUAAAAUUUGGAAGCUAUGCUUACCCCAAUUCUGAAGUGAUCUAUGUGUGGACUAACAGCACCACAACGUCUGUGGUGGUGGCUGAAGAUGGCUCACGACUUAACCAGUACCACCUGAUGGGACAAACUGUAGGAACUGAAAACAUCAGUACCAGUACAGGUGAAUAUACUAUUAUGACAGCCCAUUUUCAUCUGAAAAGAAAAAUUGGUUAUUUUGUCAUCCAAACAUACCUUCCUUGCAUUAUGACUGUGAUCUUAUCACAAGUGUCAUUUUGGCUAAACAGAGAAUCUGUCCCUGCUAGGACUGUCUUUGGAGUAACAACAGUCCUCACCAUGACCACCUUAAGCAUCAGUGCCCGUAACUCUUUGCCAAAAGUGGCCUACGCUACUGCAAUGGACUGGUUUAUAGCUGUUUGCUAUGCCUUUGUAUUUUCUGCAUUGAUUGAAUUUGCAACAGUCAAUUAUUUCACCAAGAGGAGUUGGGCGUGGGAUGGCAAAAAAGCCCAGGAAGCUGCGAAAAUCAAGAAAAAAGAGCGCAACUUGUUGGGAAAUAAAUCAACUAAUACUUACACAACUGGGAAGAUGACCCCUGCACCAAACAUGCCAAAGGACUCAACCCCAUCUGUCAUCUCAAACACUACAUCUGCUCCAGUGAAGUCUGCAGAAGAAAAGCCUGCUGAAAGCAAAAAGACUUACAACAGCAUCAGUAAGAUUGACAAAAUGUCACGGAUAAUUUUUCCAGUGCUGUUUGGAACUUUUAACUUAGUUUACUGGGCUACAUAUUUGAAUAGGGAACCUGUAAUUAAAGGUGCCAAUUCUCCAAAAUAAACUGAAGUGCUCUGAAGCCACAUGUGAGCCAUACUUACAAAGCAGAUGCUACCAAGGAAAAUUUGAGAUCCAGAUGACUUUCUACACAUUUGGGCAAUAUUCUUCAGGAAGUUUUUUGCAUGUUUAAUAAUAUGUACAAAUAAUAUUGCCUUGAUUGUUUCUACAUGUAACCUCAGAUGUUUUGGAGACUAUUAUAUUACUUACAGCAAUUGAUCUUUAUAAAAGAUCAGAAGACAUUGAACAUGGCUUCUUUGCUGCUGAGUAUCUUGCAUUGAUAGUUUACAAAUAAAAUAAGUUAUAUUUUUUAACUGUUCAAGUGUACUACAUAUCGUGGUUUUUAUACUUCAGGAGUACAGUCAUUCAAAUAUAGGCUUAACCUAUAUUUUACAGAAGAGCUCUACUGUUGUCAUCUGAUAAGUUACUGAGUAACGCCAGUUGUAAAUGUGCCAAAUUAUUAAGUGUAGGGCUAUGUUUGAGCACCUUUACUAGUUACAGGCAGUGCAUUGCUCCACAGAUAAAACUGCUCAGCCCAAUUUUCAUUGGAAAUUAAAAACAAUGCAGUAAAUCCUAAUGGGACUAUGCAGAUUUUCACUGCUUGAGACUCCAGCUUGCACUGAAAUAACAUAGGGAGCAGGAUGCUACUUGUGUAAAUAAAGGUGGUGGAAUCUUGCAUUUAAAUGAAAAGAUUUGUUUGGAUUUUGCAUUCCAAGAAAUUUUAUCUAACGAUUCUCAGUAUUUAUUCCAAAAAUUAAGAGUUACAUUGCAUGAAAUUAACAUAGAUUAGGAACAUACUUGUGCAAAUAAAACUUUUAACAACAGCAGUAGACAUUUUUAUCAGGGUAAAGUAAAUGAUGUUUGGACAUUUUCCCCAGAAGAAGAUUGUGUUAUAUUAGCAGAGAUUAUGCUGCAGUAAAUAUUGUUUCUCACAGCAAAAAACAGUCAGCCAACACUAAGGGGUACAAUCAGAAAAAGAGAUGUACUUCAUGACAGCAAGGUGUUUCAGUGAUAAUAUUGACAGAAAGGUCUUUGUACUGUCCAUCUGAAACUUUUCUAUAAAACGCCUUGCUGCUGACCAUGUGUUUUGCUUUCACAAUGAAUGAGAAAAUGCAGUCUGAGUUUUCAGCUCUUUCCUCCUUGGCAUCCUUUAAUUGUUCCAGAAGCUUUUGUAUUUAAAUCUUAAUGUUUAAAUAAAAAAUGCAUUCAACAUUUGAUUGCAAAA